UUUGCUUCCUGCUGUAAUUUUCCUUUCCCUUCCUUUUGUUUACUGGUCUUCCUUCAAUUGAGAUCAGCUUAGAUGGCAAAUCCAAAAAGCAAGGAAACAAAAUUCUGUGCUGUUUGAGUAAAGCACAACAACAAUACCCAGGCUACAGCAAGGAACUCUCAGCAAAAGGGUAGCUUUUCUUGGUGAUAGCUUCUGUUUUUAGGCUGCCUGUGUUAUUAAUAUACUGCUGUCCUGGGAGAUGUACAUAAGCAGAAAUUCAGACACCUGAUACUUGCCAAACAUAGUUUCCGUAGCAGAUGGACAGACGUGCUGUGUCAUGAGUUAUGCCUCAGUCCUUGCACUGAUUUUUAUUUCUCAGCUCUCCAGUCAUUUGUUCGUUCAUCUUGGACAAACACAAGCCUCCUGCCCACUGAUUUUAGGGCAGGCUACGAGUUGUUUUUACUGGAUGCUAGGAGUGUUGGGGCUUUGGUUUCAAGGCAUAACUGGCAAGCUCUCUGCCUUUAAUGGUGACUUUGUGGACCUGGUUUACUGAACACCUUAUGUAUGUUGUACCGUUUUCAAGCUUCAGAAACACUUAAGUGCUAGCAGAGUCUGCUAAUUUACACUCAUUUAUUCUGAUUUCUCUGUCUUGCUGGAAGGGGAACUGGGCUUAGGAGUGCGCAGCAUUUCCCAGCACGUGAAGCACUGGAAGUAAAAGAGGAAUGGGAUGGGGGGAGGCAGGGAUGAGAAAGGCAGAAUUGGCUGCAAAAUAGAGGGGAGAAAGGAAUGAUGAAGCCAAAGCUCACCUUUAGAGAAAAAGGCAUUGGUGAAUUUGGCAGUGUUAGUCUGCUCUAAAUUAAAGAUGCAGUUUGAUGGUUUUCUUACUUGUUUUGUCUGUUAGAUGUGUUGUUAGAUGCCCAGGCUGCACAGUGCGUCAGGAGUGUGCUGCGAACCAUUGUCCAAGUGUCAGUGCUUGCUUGUGGGCCCUGAGUGGAAGAGGAGAGCAGGCUGGGCAAGCGACACUUGCUCUUGCCAGUAACAAGCCUGUUUGCUUGCAUACCUGGCUUUUAAAAUGGCUGCAGCCCCAAGGAGCAAGACUAAAACCUGUCUGCAAAUGGCUCAGGGUGCAAGGGAGGACUUGUGUGUGGCUCUGAGGGGUGAUGUCCUCUUGUCUCCGAGUAAAGCACCAGUGAGACAGAGGGUAGCUCUAGCAAAUUCCUCCUCUCCCAACUUUCCCUUCAGAGUGCUGGGCUGUUUGGUUCUCGCUUUGCCUGUGCCACGCAGCCGGCCAGGGUAGUGCUGUGAUGUGUGAGGUGCUGUGCACAUCCCUGCCCUGGGCAGGGUGUUGCAGGUGAAAGCCGGACAAGCGGAUAACAGGAGUGCAGUGGAUGUGAUCGCUGUCAGGUGUUUUCCAGGAAUACCCACAAGUCCUUCUCUGGGACCAGACCUCUUCAUUGUCCAAGAUGCUGUUCAAACACAUCCUGUUUUCCAGAGUUUACAAUGUAACCCCCAAAGCCUUGAAACAUCCAACUCCAGGCAGCAAUAAUCUGCACGUUCUUGGCCAGGGAUACCCGGGAGAUGUCGGGGAGGGCUGUUCCGUGUGUCAGGCUGCUGCCUGGCACCACUAAUCCAGGCACAUCCCUCCCUGCCCAAGGCCAGCAGCUGUCAGAGCGAGCUGAGGAAAUAGUUAACUGCAUGAGUGAGAAUUGCUAAAGUGAAACAUUUUCUCCCAUGCAGGGUGCAGUGAGGCCUCUCAUCACUUCUCCUACCAGCAUUAAUUAAGCAUAUGGCAGGGACAGAGAUGCUGGCUGUCCUGGGAGGCUUGGACUGGUUGCACACCUGAGUGUCUGUGGCCAGUAACUAUGUGGUUCUCCUGUGCUGGGAAAGGGUAAGCUACAGAGAAGCUUCUACACAAGUCUUAGCUCCGGUCAGGGGAGAAAAUGCUGCUUUAUAAUUGUCUUCAAAUGUGGUGCUGAAGAGAGCAGGCAGGAUUGUGAGGACGAAUGCUGCAGGACUUUGGGACAGCAAGAUGGGUGUCUGCAUUGAGCCGUGGGCACUGGGGUCGCCUCCUUUCUGUGGCUGCAUGUUCAGCCCUGCACUUGACCCAUCAUUUGGGAGUCUAGGGCCUGGCCUGGAUUUGAAACUUGUUGUUUUAAAGAACAGGGAGGAGAAAAACAAAUAAAACUGGUUUUUAGCAUAGUGAGUCUGGAAAGUCCUGUUUUUUUCAGUGCAUUUUUCCAGUGCUGACUGAGACAGAGGGCUUGGUGAGCAGGUACAGAUGUGGAAAUCAGGCUGCUCUCUCUGCGGGUUGGCAUUGCUGCCAGUUUACCGCAAGUGCUUGCACAGCCCCCCAGCUUGCAUGUGUAUUGGUUUCUUUAAAAUGAGCAGGGAAGUAGAGUUACUUCUGUCAGGGUAGCUUUGCAAGGCUGAAAGUGUUGCACCAUUUUGAGAGUGAAGGCAGUACCUUGCCUCUCCGUCUUGCUUGCUGAGUGUACUCAGAGUUACUGUUUCUCGCCAGCAUGCCCUGCAGAAGGCAGUUGUGCGGUGGGGAGCGAGCAGGGGCCUGUGCCAGUUGCGCAGCAGCAGCACAGCUGCUUUGUCACCUGCAGGACUUUUACUUCUGUUGAUGUGAGAGCUGGAAGGGAUCCAGUAGGACUUUCAGGUGCUGGGUUGCGUUGCAGGUCUGCCUGUUAGAAGGGCUGGGUCCAUCUGCCCAGAAGCAAUGGGCAGAGGAAAUGUAAGAUAAAUCUAUAAGGCUUUUCCCUCAGCUAUCCCACACAAAGACAUGAUGUUUGUGGUUUAUUAGCUGGACAAUGCUUAAAGUGCAUUCUAUUGAAUUGUAUCCUGAAAAACAAACCAUCCAUGUUUGGAGCUGCUGGAGCUGCCAGAGCUUUGAGACUGGGCUGGGAGGAGCUAUGCAAGUGCAAAGCACUAGUUUCAGAGGCAGUGUGGAUUCUCCUAAGGCAAACCUGUCCGUUGGUGUAACGUCAAUGCAGCCACAUCAGAUGAAUCACAGCCCAAGUUUUUAUCCUGAGAACUGCUAGCUCAGCUUUUUUUCCCCAUCGGCUCAUAAUUUUACAAGAUGAAAUCCUGCCAUGUUAAUAUGUAGUAUAGAUUCAGUCAGUUGUUAAGAACCAUUUGGAGUCGGUGAUUUGGACAAUCGGUGUUGAGUGGGCUGCCGGUAUGUUUGCUGUGUUGCUGUUCAGUGUCAGCCUUCCCGUUGCAUUUUGUAAGAGCUUCCAUUAAUUUCAGUAGAAAUCUGCAUUUGGGGUGAAGGGUGACCUAAUCUUUAAAAAGGAUCUUAAUCCACUUAGCCUCUCUUGCAAAGCUCAGCAUUUUUUCCUUGUCAGGAGCAGACUGCAUUCCUAACCUUGAUGUGUCACUUUCCAGUUGGCUUAAUAUUUGGGUGAGGAUAAAAAGGAAAUGUUUUUCAAAGAUUAAAAGAAUCCAUGCUGCUAAGGUAUGUGGAUGUGUGAUGUGCAAGUUUAAAAAAAAAAAAAAAAAGAGAUGUGAGCAUAGUUGUAACUGUUUGGGUGGUGGAAAAAAGAUAAAAUAACCCAGAUAACUAUAUAAAAUAACAGCAGAUGACUAUAGAGAACAAGCACAGGAAGAGGUAAAUCCAUCUGAAAGAGUGUAAAUGGGGAAUUAUGAAGGAAGAGGAAAUGGGACUGAAAUGUUUAAUGUAAAUUUAAGUGCAAGGCAAAAAUAGGACUCCUGUUAGUUUGACCUGUAAAGUCUCUUCUCAGAGUCCUGGGGGGGCAGCCAGGAAAAAUACGGUUUCUGAUGCAAAUACAAGACCUCAUGCCUAUGUCUCAUUAUGACUAGAGAUCUUCUAGGCUACUGCAUUAAACCUAGCUUGGGUCAGAAAGGGUGGAAAGCUGUUGCCAGUAGCCUGUGUUCAGUUUUGGGGGGUUUCUGCUCAGCCUCCAGUCACAAUGCCACAAUUAACACUAAUUGGUACCUUCCUUGAUGUUUUGGCCAGAGAGAAUGAACUGUCUGUCUGUCCCCUGCCUCCCUGGAGGCAGUCACUCCAGGUCAGAGCAAGAGGCCCGUGGGGAUGUCGCAUGGCUCACAGGACUUUCGUGCCAACAGGAAAUCUCGAAUCAAACCCAAUUCACACUGCAUGAGGACUACUUGCUUUGUAUGUGGUGUUUCUCUCUGGGUGGCCAAAUUUCGGCAAGGAGUGAACACAGGCAGACGUGCCCAUGUGCACACGAUGAACCUUGAAGCCAUUUGCUCACUUCCCUUUAAUCAAAACCUUCUGCUUUUGCAUUUUCUUUUCUGUUUGGUGACCGAAGCGAAGCUUCAUGUGCCUUCACGUGGGAGUUAAAGUGGGUCAGCGGGCUGCUUUGUUUGUGGCAGCUCUCACGUGGAAAAAGCCCGAUGCAAAACGCUGAGGCUUGGCAGGAAAGUGCCAAUUAAAGAUAGCAGUUCAGGAGCAUAUUGUCUGAGCUGAAAGUGCUCGAAUCUGGGGCUGUGACAACUGUCAUGUGCAAAGGAAAGAACGAGGAAUUAUUAAAUUUAAUGUUGAUGUGAGGUAGCUAGUGCUUUCCCUGUUUCAAGUGUUGGCUCUCACGCAGUGUGGAGAAGGAGUUCGUUCCCUGUUUCACAGGUAAGGUAAGUGAGGGGUAGAGGAGGUGAGUCACACAGGGAGCCCAUGCCAGAGCAGGAUCAACAGCACUCAGCAGCUGGGUACUUGGGCUUCACCUCACGUUGGCCCAUGUUAGUUAUCUUUGUGCCAGGAGCAAUCCAGCCUUCUCCUUAGCACUGCACAAGUCUGUUCAGGUGACGUGUGCGGGAGAUGUCAGGGCCAGGAGAUGGCAGAGGGAGAGAUGCAGUGCUACAUCGAGUCAAGUGAAGUUGUUCUCCCCCUUAGUCAUGCAAGUAGUCAACUUGGGACAGCACAUAAAGGAGAUGUGGCUUUCUAAGUCUGCAUGGCAGUGUGCUUAGCUCCAGGGAAGCAACCCAGGGACAUCCAGGCUUUGACACUGCUACCUCUGCUGUCAUGGGCAACUACAUCAUCAUACUGUCAUUCAUAAAUGAAUACAUUUCUCCUUGGAGCACUAGGCCCUCAGAUUCCUGAGCAGACAUUUUGCAAAAGGGCCCUGAAGGAAAGGGGAGGAGCAGGUCACUUGGGUAUAGCCAGUGUUUCUACUGAAAUAGAGACUCUCUCCCUCCCAAUCCAUCCCUCUGCUCCCCACUAGUUCUGUUUUAUUGGUGUGUUUUUGUUUGAAAGAGCAGUGUUGGUAAAUGAAAGCUAGAAUAUCUGUACAUUCCGUUAUUUUAAAAAAGCUUUCUGGCUUUACUUUGCCUUUCCUUACAGCUUUCUGUGCCCUCACUGCAGAUGACCGUAACCUGAUCUCCUGUUUCAUCUUGCAAAUGGACUGUGCUUUAUUUUGCACGUGUAUAGGCACAUACCUCCUACUCAUGACAAACCAGACCUUUCUCAACAAGCAGGGAACAGUGUACUUUGCAGGUGGAGUGAUUAAAGAGAUAUGUGCUGCUUCACUGGGAACAGUAUCCUCUCAGGAGACAGAUGUUCCUACCUUUCUGCUGCACUAGUCCUGCCUGUGCUGGCGAUCCACGUGCAAGAUAGAAUGGACUGCUGAAUUGGGAAUUAUUGCAGACUCAACAGUACAGCACUGCUCGUUGCUUCGUCUAUUACUAGUUAUUUAAAUUGGACUUUUAAUAUCCUGCCAGCUGCUGUUCACACACACAUGGUGCAUUGUUGUCAUUCUCAGAAUUGCAUCUUUGAAACCCAGACCCUCAGUAACCUUCAUCGAACAAAGAGGCAACCUCCUGCGUACGUUUAUAGAGGGAUUUUUCGGACCUACUGCCCUCUAGCUUUCUUGCUGGUGCUGUAUUUCUAAGACACUAUGGAGCCCAGUAUGGAGUACUGCUUAGCGCAAGUGCUGCAGAAGGAUGUUGGAAAGAGACUUCAGGUUGGCCAGGAAUUGAUAGAUUACUUCUCAGAUAAACAGAAGUCAGCUGAUCUUGAACAUGAUCAGACUAUGCUGGAUAAAAUGGUUGAUGGACUGGCCACUUCGUGGGUAAAUUCCAGCAAUUAUAAGGUGGUUCUCCUGGGGAUUGACAUCCUUUCCGCGCUAGUGUCCCGCUUGCAAGAUCGCUUCAAGGCCCAGAUUGGCACAGUGCUGCCAAGUUUACUUGAUAGGCUGGGAGACUCUAAGGACUCGGUGAGGGAGCAGGAUCAGACCUUGCUGCUAAAAAUCAUGGAACAAGCUGCUAAUCCUCAGUAUGUGUGGGACAGGAUGCUAGGAGGAUUCAAACACAAGAAUUUCCGGACAAGAGAAGGGAUUUGCCUCUGCCUUAUUGCAACACUCAAUGCAUCUGGAGCUCAGAGUUUAACACUGAGUAAGAUAGUGCCACAUAUAUGUAACUUACUUGGAGAUCCAAACAGCCAGGUUCGAGAUGCAGCAAUAAACAGCCUUGUGGAAAUUUACAGACAUGUUGGUGAACGUGUAAGGGCUGAUCUUAGUAAAAAAGGAUUACCCCAAUCUCGGUUGAAUGUAAUUUUUACAAAAUUCGAUGAGGUUCAAAAAUCUGGAAACAUGAUCCAGAGUUCAGGUGAUAAAAUUUUCGAUGAUGAAGACUCCGUGGAUGGGAACAGACCUUCCUCAGCUAGCUCCUCUACAUCUUCAAAGGCCCCUGCAAACUCGCGCAGAGUUGGGAUGGGGACUACCCGUAGACUUGGGUCUGCAGCCCUGGGCUCCAAGUCUUCAACAGCCAAAGAGGGAGCAGGUGCUGUGGAUGAAGAAGACUUCAUUAAGGCAUUUGAAGAUGUCCCAACAGUUCAGAUUUAUUCCAGCCGGGAUCUUGAGGAAUCCAUAAACAAAAUAAGAGAGAUACUAUCAGAUGAUAAGCAUGACUGGGAACAGAGAGUUUCUGCGUUGAAAAAGAUCCGUUCCUUACUUUUGGCUGGAGCUGCAGAAUAUGAUAACUUCUUCCAACACUUAAGACUUUUGGAUGGAGCAUUUAAAUUAUCUGCUAAAGACCUGCGGUCUCAAGUAGUACGAGAGGCUUGUAUCACAUUGGGACAUUUGUCAUCAGUUCUGGGAAACAAGUUUGACCAUGGGGCAGAAGCCAUCAUGCCAACAAUUUUUAAUCUAAUUCCAAAUAGUGCCAAAGUCAUGGCCACUUCUGGUGUUGUAGCAGUUAGGUUAAUCAUUCGACAUACGCACAUCCCUCGAUUAAUACCCAUCAUAACCAGUAAUUGUACCUCCAAGUCUGUUGCAGUUAGAAGGCGCUGUUUCGAAUUUUUAGACUUGCUGUUGCAGGAGUGGCAAACACACUCCCUAGAAAGACACAUAUCAGUGUUAGCUGAAACAAUAAAGAAGGGAAUUCAUGAUGCAGACUCUGAAGCCAGGAUAGAGGCAAGAAAGUGUUACUGGGGUUUCCACAGUCACUUCAGCCGAGAGGCAGAACAUUUGUACCACACCUUGGAGUCUUCCUACCAGAAAGCCCUGCAGUCACAUUUGAAGAACUCUGACAGCAUUGUGUCCUUGCCACAGUCGGAUCGCUCCUCCUCUAGCUCCCAGGAGAGUCUUAACCGUCCAUUGUCUGCCAAAAGAAGUCCUACUGGAAGUACUACAUCUAGAGCAUCUACAGUAAGUACAAAAUCUGUGUCAACACCAGGAUCUCUGCAGCGAUCCCGCAGUGACGUCGAUGUGAAUGCAGCAGCUAGUGCCAAGUCAAAAGUGACGUCUUCUGGAGCAUCCACCCCCUUCAGUUCUGCUGCAGCCUUGCCCCCAGGCUCAUAUGCAUCACUAGAUGGUACUACCACUAAAACUGAGGGUCGGAUUCGUACAAGGAGACAGAGCUCUGGCAGUGCCACAAGUGUCACCUCAACGCCUGCUGAUACCCGAGGCCGCAGCCGGGCUAAAGUAGUUUCCCAGUCCCAGCGAUCCAGAUCAGCUAAUCCUGCUGGUGCUGGUAGCCGGUCUAGUUCUCCGGGUAAGCUGUUAGGAAGCACCUAUGGUGGCCUGAGCAGUGGAACGUCCAGAGUCCAGCCAGUGCCAUCCUCUUCAGAGAAGCGCAGCAAGAUCCCUCGGAGCCAGGGGUGCAGUCGAGAGACGAGUCCCAGCAGAAUAGGACUAGCACGGAGCAGUCGUAUCCCCCGACCCAGCAUGAGUCAGGGGUGCAGCCGUGAUACCAGCCGUGAGAGCAGUCGAGAUACAAGCCCUGCUCGGGGCUUUCCUCCACUUGCUUCUCGACGUCAUUCCAGGUCCACUAGUGCUCUCUCCACUGCUGAUUCUGUUGGGCAGUCAGACCGGUUUGGACUUGGACAGCCAGGCAGGAUGCCUGCUUCUGUGAAUGCCAUGCGAGUCCUGAGCACAAGCACAGAUCUGGAGGCUGCUGUGGCCGAUGCACUGCUCUUAGGAGACUCCAGGAGCAAGAAAAAGCCAGUGAGAAGAAGAUAUGAACCCUAUGGGAUGUACUCCGAUGAUGAUGCUAACAGCGAUGCAUCAAGUGCUUGCUCGGAGCGCUCCUAUGGUUCCAGGAACGGGGGCAUUCCACACUACCUGCGGCAGACUGAAGAUGUGGCAGAGGUCCUGAACCACUGUGCCAGCUCCAACUGGUCUGAAAGGAAAGAGGGGCUCAUAGGUCUUCAGAACUUACUGAAAAGCCAGCGGACACUGAGCCGAGUCGAGUUAAAAAGGCUAUGUGAAAUAUUUACUCGCAUGUUUGCUGACCCUCACAGCAAGAGAGUCUUCAGCAUGUUUCUGGAAACCCUGGUUGAUUUCAUCAUCAUUCAUAAAGAUGACUUGCAGGAUUGGCUUUUUGUUCUCCUGACCCAGUUGCUAAAGAAAAUGGGAGCAGAUUUGCUGGGGUCUGUGCAGGCAAAAGUUCAAAAAGCUCUGGAUGUCACCAGGGAUUCUUUUCCAUUUGAUCAGCAAUUUAACAUUUUGAUGAGGUUUAUUGUAGAUCAGACCCAAACACCAAACCUGAAGGUAAAAGUUGCUAUCCUGAAAUAUAUUGAGUCCUUGGCAAGACAGAUGGAUCCAACAGACUUCGUGAACUCCAGUGAGACAAGACUUGCUGUAUCUAGAAUUAUCACUUGGACAACAGAACCAAAGAGCUCAGAUGUGAGAAAGGCAGCACAAAUAGUCCUGAUUUCUCUCUUUGAACUGAACACUCCUGAGUUUACCAUGUUACUUGGUGCCUUGCCAAAAACAUUCCAGGAUGGUGCUACCAAGCUCCUGCACAACCACCUCAAGAACUCCAGUAACACCAGUGUGGGCUCCCCCAGCAAUACCCUUGGUCGGACUCCUUCCCGGCACUCCAGCAGCAGAACCAGCCCCUUAACUUCACCUACCAACUGUUCCCAUGGUGGACUGUCGCCAAGUCGGUUCUGGGGUUGGAGUGCAGAUGGGCUGUCGAAGCACCCCCCUCCCCUUUCUCAGCCUAACUCCAUCCCCACUGCUCCUUCCCACAAGACUUUCAGACGCUCUUACUCUCCCAGUAUGCUGGAUUAUGACACGGAGAACCUAAAUUCUGAUGAAAUCUACAGCUCUCUUCGUGGAGUCACAGAAGCAAUUGAAAAAUUUAGUUUCCGUAGUCAAGAGGACCUGAAUGAGCCAAUCAAACGUGAUGGAAAGAAAGACUGUGACAUUGUGUCUCGAGAUGGUGGCCUUGCUGUGCCUACCAGUGAUGUCCGUGGAAGCAGUGACGUUGUGGAAGGCGGAAGGAUGGCUCUAGAUAACAAAACAUCCCUACUGAACACCCAGCCUCCCCGCACGUUUUCAGGGCCACGUGCUCGAGAGUAUAACCCCUAUCCUUAUGCUGACACAAUUAACACUUACGACAAGACUGCCCUGAAGGAAGCAGUGUUCGAUGAUGACAUGGAUCAGCUUCGGGAUGAAGUACCCAUUGACCAUUCAGAUUUGGUGGCUGAUCUUCUGAAAGAGCUCUCCAACCACAACGAGCGGGUGGAGGAGCGGAAAGGAGCUCUCCUGGAGUUGCUUAAGAUCACAAGGGAAGAUAAUCUCGGAGUUUGGGAGGAACAUUUCAAAACCAUUCUGCUCUUGCUGCUGGAAACGCUUGGAGACAAAGAUCAUUCAAUAAGAGCCCUGGCGCUACGAGUCCUGAGAGAGAUCUUACGGAACCAGCCAGCAAGGUUUAAGAACUAUGCGGAGUUGACUAUCAUGAAAACACUGGAAGCACAUAAAGAUUCCCACAAGGAGGUUGUCAGAGCUGCUGAAGAAGCUGCUUCCACCUUGGCAAGUUCGAUCCACCCUGAGCAAUGCAUCAAGGUGCUUUGCCCCAUCAUUCAGACUGCAGAUUAUCCAAUUAACUUAGCUGCCAUCAAAAUGCAGACGAAAGUCAUUGAGAGGAUUUCCAAGGAAUCGUUGCAUCAGCUUCUUCCCGAUAUCAUUCCUGGGUUGUUACAGGGUUAUGAUAAUACGGAGAGCAGUGUCCGUAAAGCUAGCGUAUUUUGCCUAGUGGCAAUUUAUUCAGUAAUUGGAGAAGAACUGAAACCUCAUCUCGCACAACUCACAGGAAGCAAGAUGAAGCUAUUAAACUUGUACAUAAAGAGGGCCCAGACCACCAACAGCAACAGCAGUUCCUCUUCAGAUGUUUCAACGCACAGUUAAUGGAGAUAUGUGGACAUAUGUGUAGACUUAGAAGCAAUCAACGGUGCCUCUCAGAGACCUUUCUGCUAAUCUUCACUGGCACGCUCCAUCAGCUCAAGGAGGCCAUGCAGAUAUUUAUUGCAAUCAGUAUUUUAGUCCCUUAAAAGCUUUUAUGUAGAAUCUUACUGGUAUUGAAUGUAAAGGAAGCAAGGUCUGUGUUGCAGUCUUCAUUAAAAAUGAACAACAGAAAGCCAUACUUAAACAUAUUUGUAUAGCCUGCUGAAAUCUCAGAAAUAUGUUUAGGUUAGCAUUCCAAAACUCAGUCCAAGAACCUGGACACGCAUAAAGGUAAAACAAAUCUUGUUGGUUUAGUUCAUACCCAGUUUUGGUUUCUGUGUGCUAGUUAACUGCUCUCUCCCUGCAGCUGCAGCCGUUCUGGCUAGGUUCUCCUCUUCUUACAAGUCUUGUGGUCCUGUUUUGUACUCCCUGUUGCAGCUUGCCUAACGUGCAGGGCUCUCCGUGGAGAGAUCUUUGGAGAUGUGGCUGUGAUUCCAGCCUUGGAUGCUUUAAUACUGAGAGAUAUCAAGUGAGUAAUGAAAAAGUAGGUUCUUUUUAAACAUCUGAGUUUUUGUACAUAGUUCUGACAGACCUCUGAUGGGCUGAUUUCUCUGUAACUGCUCUCCAGCCAGCUGUGCUGUUCUGAACAGCACAGCUGGGCUCUUGCUCCUUUCAUUGAUUGUGUAAAUAUUUCUCCCCUUCCAACCCAGUUGGCUCUUUCAUAUACUCAAAUGACUCUCCAGGUUACUUGCUACUCCCCAAAGGGAACCUGAGAGCCAAUUCUGGGACUGAUGCCUGUGAAUGGGACACUGGAGUUAGGUGGGUGGGUGUUGGAUUAGGCUCUGAGUGUGUUCGUGGGUGGGCAGUGGGAGCUGGCAGAGCUGUAUCUCAGUGCUGCCUUGUGAGGCUAGCUGCUUUUUUCUUGAAGUCUGUAGCAUCAAAGGGCUGAUCUGCUGCUCUGACCUGACCCACUGGUGUUGGGUGGUGAACGGCUUUGUCCCCACAAGUACUUUGUGCUUUGGGCAAAACGUUCAUCCCAGAGAACAGAAAGGGCAUCUGAAACUGAACAAGAAGACCCUGUGGAAGCACCUGCUGAGCCAGCUGGGACAGUGCUGGUUGCCUGCCACAGCUCCCCUCCUGUGCCUGAAGAGCCUGCAGUGCUGUUAGCUGCCUUUACAAACCUCCUUUUUCCUGGCCAGCCCCAUGCACAGCCCUGCUGGGUGCUCUGCAUUUCGGAGGGGUGCAGAGGGCCCUCGCUGGGCACUGCUGUCAGCAGGGGUGCUCUGAGUGAGGGUGCAGCGGGGCAAAUCCUUUUGCAGCCUGAUGACACGGACCAAGUCAGAGCCAAACCAGCAGCAGUCAAAUACCCCACGGCACUACCCUUUCCCAAAGGGAGACCCUUCUGUUUGCAAAGGGUGAGCUCCCCCUGCCUCUCCCUGUAACCAGGGGAAGCAGGAGGAUGUUAGUACUGUGUCUGGCCCUGGGCUGGAUCCUGGCUGACGGGCAUGCCCACCCCAAACCUGCAAUGGAUCAGAACUGGGGUUUUGCCCCCAGUGCCAGUGAUGAGAGAAGGAUGGCGGACCUGCAGCUUACGGCUGCAGCUGUAUUGAUGGAUGUGUGCUCCCUGGCUGCUCUCAGUGCCUCGGUCUCUCUCCAGCCCCCUCCGUUUCCCCUGAAGGGACACCUUGGUAGCGUACUGAGAACAUGAGUUUCCAGUACCGCAGCAGGGGAGUGCAGUUGGGAGGGUAGAGCCCCAUCGUCCUCCCCCUCCAUCAGUUCAUCCCUGCGUGUCUCAGCCCCAGCCCUGAGGAGCUAUGCUGGGAGGUGAUGCUUGAUACCAGCUCCCCUCCCAAUCCCCAGCUCAGGAGGGAUUGGGGCUGGUGCGGACUAUGCGGGAUUGGGCUGCAAAGCCUGUUGGUCCCUUUCGCUGCUGAUGUGAGAGCAGAGGAGGUGACCUGCUCCUGAGUUUGUCAGGAUGUGUCCAGGCUUUUGCUGGCUGCAGGGCUAGUUCCCUCAUCUUUCCCAGUGAGUAAUGCCAUGGCAGGAGAAACCAUGCAAUCCUGCUGGGUAGGAUUCCCCCAGGGUCUUUCCGCAGGCUCAGAAAAGCCAUCCUCACUAGAGAGAGGAUUGGCUGCUCCAUGGUUAGCGUCUCCCUUUCUGUGGACCAUUUCUCUUCAACAUCUUUCAGUAUGCUUGUUAGAAUAUUCAUUUUUUAUUUUUUUGAAUGAUUCAAAUUAUUUUAGCUUAACACAAAUUUAUUUUCCCUUUUGAGGAAAUAUUCAGCUGACUUGGCAGCAGUUAGCUGUCUUGUUUGAAUUUUUAGUAGUGGGUUUGGUUUUUUGUUGUUUUUUUGUUGUUUUUUUUUUUUUUUUAAUUUGUACUCUAACUGCUUAGUAUUUAUGCCUCUCUUUCUCCCCAUCUCAGUUCAGCAUCUUCUGUUCCAGUUCUGGUGUUCAGAAGGUCAGCAUAGCUGACCAGAUGGUGAUUAGUCCCUCCCAGCUGUGAUGGAGCUUGAUCCAUCACCGUUUUCUGUUUGGGUUUUGGUUUUUUUCUUUUUUUUUUUUUUUUUUUUUUGAAUGGCACACUGUAGCAAAUCUCCAGGAAUUGAAUUCCUUCUCAAAUGAUUUUAUAUAUUUUAUAAAAUCCUGUUAGUAUGCACUGAGAGUGAACGCACUGUAACGUCCCUGAACUGACCCUGGCGCGUGUGCUGACACUACAGUAGGAGUUAACAGCUCAUCCUUGAAAAGAUGCGUGCAACCUGCUGCGACUCCAGCGACAAGCCUGUGUUUUCUGAUGCUAUUGGCACACUUGGGGCUGCAAAUGGUAGAACCAGGCCUUACUUUCUGAAUCAGAUUCAGUUCUGUUUGUCAACAGAUGCUCAUUAGCGUGCUACUUUAUUUCGUUACGUGAGUCAGUUGAGGACUGUUCAUCCUUUGAGUACUCUAGAAGUAUGUUAUACCUGUAUACAGUAGAGAGCAUUCUGCUUAGGUAUUUAUAAAUCAUUGCGUAUAAUGUACAUAGUAAGGUUGUUUAGUAUGUUGAAAAUGACCUGAUUUUUUUUUUGGUGUUUCCUUUGAAGUACUCAAAGGGCUAGCUCUGAAUGUCACCUCUCUGAUCUCCAGUGUUCUGACUUCAACAAGCUGUACAAUCAUUUUGUUUUCUCUUCAGCAAGCAUAAAGGUCUCUCUGGCUACAAAUCACAGUGUCCACGCACGCUUGCAGAGAAAGAUCUGCAUGCUGGCAGUGCCUCACCGCACCGGUGAAGCUUGUGUUCACGUUCUCCUGGCAGUAGCCACCUACUGCAGCUGCCUUUUUUUUUUUCUUGCUGCCCAUUAUGCAGGGCUUCAAUUUUUCGUACCUUAAAAAAAAAAAAAAAAAAAAAAAAAAGAAAAAAGGAAAAAAAAAGUGUAUUUUCUUUGCCCACCACGCUUUAACAGUCUGAAUGGGAGAAAACUCUCAGCAGACAGCGGCUCCUGGCUGCAAGGUUGCCGAAAUCUCAGAUGUGGAUGUUUUUUCUGCCAUUGGCUGCACCAGUGCUCCGUGGGCAUGGGCAAAUACCAGAUCCAUCCGCCCCACAGGUCUACGUACUGUAGUUCUCAUGUAGUGCAGAAAUAUCGAGGCAUGUGGCUUUCUUAAGGUACACUAUGUGUGCUUGCCUGGAUUACAAUACAAUAUGAGACUGUCUUUUUUUAUUGCUUAUUACUAGCUUAACAAUAACCUGUAUAAGUAAUGUAACUUGCAUCUUUGUCAUCAAACCCUUUUCUCCCCACCCCUUUAUUUAUCAAGCAUAAUAUUACAUAUUAAGGGACAGAAAAAUAGACCUUUGUAGUAUACAACAGGACGUUGCUAACAAUGUUUUAAAUGGGAAGUAAAAACUGCUCUAAAAAAUGCCAGCCAUGAGAAAUUACUUUGGCACCGUGUUCAUGCGCAUGUAUUUUUUUCUAUUUUUUCCGCUUUUGUCAUGUUACAUCCAUAUCUGUAUUUAUAUCUUAUUUGUUUCACUUUUGAGUGUAUCAUGGCAAUUGUACAGAUGUUUUUUGUUAACAUUUAUGUGAUAGAAUUUGCUAAAAAAAAAAACUUAAAAUAAAACCUUUUGAGUUUGCCCUAGAA